AUGAAGGUUGUAGCAUUGGAUUGUUCAACAAUAAAGGGUACAGCCUUGAAUAGUUAUGCCUAUAAAACUGACGGAUCUGUACAAUUUGAGUUCGCAAUACCUACUUCUGGCAAUGUGUAUUUAACAUUUCCAACGUAUUGGAGUGGUUCACCUUCGAUUUCGCCUUUAAUAACAGGAACCACCACCUGCAGAGAGGUAAACUUCAUUAAGAUAAUAAAGACCAUACAAAGUACAAUGUGUACAUAAGAUAAUCUUAAAUUCACAUGUGGCACUUUACAGGCAGGCAGCCAAAUUAUCAGAUGUAACAAUGUGAAGGGACCACACACAAAUAAACAGAUUGGAAAUUUCAGUAUAUAAUUUGCUUAAUAGUCUUGCGAUAAUAUUCUGAUUAAUAAUUUCUAACCUUAUGGCGGUUCAGUUGUGUUUUCAUCUAAUUCCACAACAGGCUUGUACCCCAACGCUGACAAAUUGUAAAUGAUUUGGGAAAACAUUGUAUUGCCUAUUUCUUUUAGUUCAAAUCCACAAAUUGAAGUUUAGAUUUUAAGCAACGGUGAAUUUGUUACGACUUCAACAGUGAAAGGCUAUGUCUCUGCUAGGUCAAUUGGUUUGUUAGAGUAGCUCACGGUCAGUGCUCCGAAUCUGAUUAAAGCCUAAAUGCCAGAGUCAAUAGCGGUUAAGGAUGUUUCCAUGAAAUUGUAUAUGGAAUCAUUGAAGGUAUUGGGUAACACUCAGCCCAUUCAAUCGCAAAUAGAUUUUAAGGAUUCUAAUAAUGUAUUGCAAUACUAGAUUCUCUUUCCCACAAUUUCAGUCUAGAAUGAUUAAUUGAUAGUCAGUCUGAAUAUUGAUUCAACUGAGAUCAACAUCUACACAAAAUACACUUUUAGCAUAACUAUCAAGAAUGCACUGAAUUCAGCAGGAUUUGUGAGAAUCGCCUUAGCAUAAACAUUAUUGUCCUAGAAUCUGAUUUGCUUAUGUGACAAUUCAGUAUCUAUUCCCACUAUUAAUGCAGAUUACAUCGAUGUUGGGGGAUGUUUGACUACGACUGGCACGCAUACUAUAGCUAUUCAAAAUGUGCUGAAUCCAGUAUCUACUAUUUCAACUAUUACUAUCUCAUAUGUUUCAACUAUGUAGAAUGGUUUUUCAGUUGAUAGAAUGACAAACUUUCAAUAUAAGUCACCUUCAUUCACACCUGGAGCUCUGAGUGCUCAGUACGACAGACAAGGAAGUGAUUUGGAUGUAGUUGGAGGCUAUUCCUUUUUCAUAUUAAAAAUCACACCCAAAAAUAAAAUUCCAGCUUAAGGGUUAUUAAAAGUGGAAAUACCUCAACAGAUCAAAUUUGUUAAUUAAAAUGCAUAAAUUUGUAAUGUAGAUAUUUAUGGUUGUCAAAUUCAGACUAUUUAAGAUUAGGUAUUGAUUUUCAAGUUUUCAUCCUCAAUCGAAGCUUCAAAACAAUUUAUUAUUAAUUCAAUAUCCAUACCAAUCAGAAAUCCAUUUGAUACUAGUUAAACCAAUUAUUUUAAAUUUACUACUUAUGAUUAAUUCAAUAAUAUAAUAGACACAAUCUCUAAUGUUUAAGGGUAUUCUGUUAAUACAAGAUCAACAUUUGAUGGAUUAAUAAUCAUAGAAUCAGAUUAACCAUUCAAAAAUGGGUAAUCCAAUACUUUUUAUUUCACAAUCAAAACAAAAACUCCUCAGUUCUAUCCCAUAUAAAUGACUGUGAAAGUUGGAGAUUUAACAAUCAAUAACAAUCCACAAUGUAAACUAGAAGGCGCUGUUAUCAAAACAUGCACUAAAAUAUCAACUAAUUAAUUAGAUAUAUCGAUUGAAAGUACUGACUUACUGUUAUUACCAACUACUUUGAAGUUAUCUGUUUCAACUAUAAAAUGUAAGGAUACAAUGACCAAAAGUUAAGAUUUUGAAUUUUCAACUUAAUCUACUAAUGGUUUAAUGAGUUAUUAAUCAGGACCCUAUAUCAGUAAUGUCUAAUUUGGAGACAUUACAUAAACAGAAUUAAAGGUUGACAAAUAAUAUUAUGGAGCUUCAAAUGCUGCCUAUUAAUUUGAUUUCGCUUUAUAAAAUGGAUUAAUUGAAGGCAAUCAUCAGAUUCAUAUAUUAUUUCCAUUCAACCUUCCCUCAUCAGGUUAUUCAUGCAAGGAUACAACCAAUAAGGUUUUAGUUUGCAAUGUGCAAUCCAAAAAUAUUCUAGUAUUGAGUGGACCCUUCGACUCGACUUAGUUACUCUACAAAGUUAUAAUAAAUGGGCUUCCUACUCCUCAAAAUGAAUAACAACCUCGAACAUUCACAAUUAAAACAUACAGGAAAAUAGACGAUUCUAAUUAUUUAGUUGAUAGUUCAGUAAAUGGAGCAUUUCAAUUUAAUAUAUAUUGUCCCUAAUUAAAUAAUUGCAGGACUUGCAAGAUCAACGAUUCUAACAAUGUAGAUUGUGAAACUUGUUAUGCCUCCACGAUAUCCAAAUUUAUUUAUAUGAAAUCAAAUGUUUGUGUUGAUUAUUGUGGAGAUGGCUACUAUUAGAAUGAAUAAGAAUUUUCAUGUCAACAAUGUCCAAGUAAUUGUUAGGCUUGCUCACCCACAAAUAACGUUUUAAUAUGCGAUAAAUGUUUUGAUGAUUUCAAGUAUUAGGAUAGUAUUUGUGUUGAUACCUGUGGAGAUGCAUAUUACUUACCGUUAACAUCUACUAAUAGAUGUGAAAAGUGUGAUAGUGAAUGCAUGUUAUGUUCAAUGAAUUCAUCGUACUGUUCAAAAUGUCAACCAAAUAUCCCAAUAUAAGCUAAUAAGUGCUAUAAAAAUGGAUGUUUACAAGGAUACUAUCAGACAUACAAUUCAAAUUAAGUGUUAGUGUGUGAACUAUGUCCAGCUACAUGUAUUAGUUGUCAUUCCUAUAAUUAAUGCACUUAAUGUUAACCUGGUUAAUAUUAUUUAUCAGGUGCAUGCAGAGCAGAUUGUCCUCUAGGUUACUUUAUAAGUGACUAAUAAAUGCUCUGUAAAUAGUGUGUUUCUGGAUGUAGUUAGUGUUCCAAUGAUACAACAUGUGUAAAAUGUUAAGGUGGAUUCUUAUUAAAAGAGCAAUAGUGUGUUUUAGCAUGUGGAGAUUAGUAUUACAUGGAUACUACUCAAACUUCAUGCUUAAGAUGCAAUCAGUAUUGCCAAACAUGUGAAGUGAAAGACGAUAUAUAAAAGUGUACAUCUUGUAUGACUUCAUACUUCUUUUUUAAUUUCACUUGUAUUCAACAAUGUGGAUCAAACUACUAUUCUCUAAAUCAUGAAUGUUUCGAAUGCUCAUAAAAUUGUUUAACUUGUGCUGGUAGUCCAGACACUUGUACUUCUUGUUUAGUUUAAGGAGACACACCAUAAUUUCUAGAUGGAACUGUGUGUGUCUCAAAAUGUUCAGACACCCAAUUUGCUGAUAUCACUAGUGGAAAAUGCAUAGAGUGUCCGAACAGUUGCACUCAAUGCACAUCAUUAACCAAUUGCACUUAAUGCAAAUAAUCGCUCAUCCCUCAUUAUCUGAUCUAAGGUGCUUGCAAACAAUAAUGUCCAACUAACUAUCAACCUAUUGGAUUGUUUUGCGAGUUGAUACCAGAGAGGGUUGUAAUCAAAACUGAAACUAAUAGAUAUGUGCCAGUUCCACAUGUGAUAAUAUUCGCAUUCUUCACUAUAUCUGUGUUACUGUCUAAACAAUUCAAAAGUGAGACAUACAUGCCCGGUUCCAUUGUAGGAUUGAGUGCUCCCUUGAUAUGGUCCUCAUGGUUGGCUGUGUUAUUCUUAUUACUUAAUUAUUAUGAAUUCAAGGAGUUAUAUUACUUUUGGAUCUUAAUGGGGAGCGUGGGACUGAAUUAUUUAUUCAAUGCUAUACAUCUUGUUUUGGUCUAUUAGAAGAUUUGGAAUGAUCAAGAUUUUCUUAGGUGGUAGGCUUCAUCGCUGAAAAACAAAUCCACUAAUGUAAUUUUAGUUUCAUUUUCCAUACUUUUUGCAUAUCCAUUAUACAAGCUCAUUAUGAGUCGUUAUUUUGGAUUUUCGUUUUUCAAAGCUAAAAUUGUGGACAUUAAACCCUUAUUUUACUUUAAUUGUCUAAAUGCACUUUACAUAACAUUUGUUAAUGUACCAAUAAUUGUCAGUUGUAUCUUGGUUGCUUAUCAUGAAUCUUCUCACAAUACUUAGACAUUUAUCAGUGCCAUAGACUCUAUUGUUGUUACCUUCGCCUACAUAUUGCUAUUGAUAUGGGAAACUCAGAAAGGGGAAUCGUUUUUUGACGAAUUCCACCAAAACUAUUACUUGAAUGAGUCAAAAUAGCAUUUAGGGAAAAAUGAAAUAUCGGGGUAUUUUCAACAUCCUUUAGAAUAGAAAUCGCAAGCAGAACAAAAGAUUGAUCUGUCAGAUUUGGAUGCUUAAGCAGGCAAUUAAGAGAAUGAUGUAACAAAAUAGAAAUCAUACGAACAAUCACAUGAACAAUCAUGUAAUCUAAAUGGAAUUAGCAUCAUCCUGAGUGAUAAGAAUUCAAAUCCUGUAUUUCAAUAAGAAAGUGAUAGGUCCAAUUAGUUUCCUUAGAAGUAAGUUGUUCCCUUGAAUCUAAAACAUACUAUAUACUAUAAGAAUGUGUAGAAUAAUCAGAUGGGGAAUCCUGAUGAUGAGCCUCCUUAUGAAUCCCCUGGAUCUGAGAAUUUCAGUUCAAUGAAGUCUCAAUCAAGUUAAAAUUGCUAAUAGUCCUUCGAUGAUUAAAGUCAAUAUCCCUUGAAAGACAUAAGUUUAAUCUAGAAUUCAGAGGAACCACAUGAGAACAGUUAAUUGUCAAUAUUUGAAGAGGAAAGGAACUUCAGUUCAUCUAAAAAGUAGAAAACUGUGCAGAUCUAAGAGAAUCAUCCUCUUGAUCAUUAUAAUAUCAUUCCUACUUUUGAGAAUGAAAAUGAUGAGAAUAAUCCUCAAUAAGUAAAUUAGUUAAAUGAGAAAUCUAAGAGUUCUUGUAAAAAGACUUAGUAGUAGAUGACAAAUAAUGAAGGAGAGCACAAUCCAUAAUCAAGAAGAGAAAUACUAUAACCAUUAUAGUAUUCAUAAGUUUAAUAACUUGCCAAGUCUGCUUAAUUUAACAACGAUAAAGCUUUAUCCUCACAUAAAAAAUUAAGUCGAGAAUCUUAAAGUACUGAGACUAUUAAAGUCUAAUUAGGAUAAUGCAGAUAAUAAGUAAACCCAUAAGUGAUAGAAUAACUAUAAUAAUCUAAACUCAUUAAUACUAAAAGCAAUGAUUAAAUUCCUAAAUAAGGCAUUUAUGAUAAUUAGCAGUCAUAAAUAGGAGUCUCAAAUUCAAAACCAUAAUAUGAUACUGAAAGGUAAAAUGAUUAGUGUAGAAUUCAAAUUUUAAUGGACAGCAGAGCCAUCGAAGAAGAAUAGGAUAUAUUUUAAGAUUAGAUUCAAAUACAAUAAAUUAAACCCAAGCCUUCAAAUGUGAAGGAGGAUAACAAAUAAUCUAAAAUUAAAAGGGAAUCUGAAAUCAAUAACAUUUUUGAUUCCAGUGAUUCCAUUCACACCAUGUCUGAUUAGGAUUGGAGUGAAAAUCAAAUCUCACCUUCAGAAUUCAACUCACUUAAUUAAAGAUUUGAAGAUGAAUAAGAAUUGGAUUUAUAAAUUAAUGUGCCUAAUUAAAGUAAAACUUAAUAGCAUUACAGAUAGAGCAAAUUAAUACCUUUAAAUUUAUAAUUCAGAGAUGAGAAUAAUGAUGAAUAACCCUAUGUUGGAUAGACUUAAGUUGAUUUUACAAGAAAUAGUUAGCCAUAGAAGGAAACUAAAAAAUAAUAAUUAGAAAAAGUAUACCUACAGAAACUCGAGAAAAAUGAUAAAAUAUCAAGUAGAACAAAUAAAUGGGGAUUCAAGAAAAAACAUCCUAUCAAAAAUCAUCCAAAAGAUAUAUCAGAUGCAUAUAUAGAUGAUUAAAUAGAUGUAGAGGACAUAAACUUUUGA